AUGGCGGACUCGACUGGCCUUUCGGCAGCGGAGAAAAUAAGUCUCUUCAGUGCCUGGGGGCUCAUUCGCAAGGAUCUGGACGUUCACGGGCGAAACAUACUGCUGCUGUUGUUCCAGCAGUACCCGCACUACACGGACCACUUCGAUUUCACCGAUGACACCAGGGCCGACUCGCUCGUGGACAACAAAUCACUGUUCGCCCAGUCGAUACACAUCGUUAAGGCACUUGGUUCGCUCAUCGAGUACGGCCUCAAGGAUCCCCGGUUGUUUCACGAGACACUGAAAAGGAUUGCCCGCUGGCACGAGCAGCGCAACGUGUACGGUUCCGAUGUGUUGAUCAUCGGUGAGGUUAUGCUGACGUAUCUCACCCAAACAUUGGGCCGCCAGACGCCGGCAAUGUUGGGUGAAGCUUUUCAGAAACUUUUCCAAACCAUCUCGUACCGUUUCCCAGCGGGACCGGCGGUGUGA